UGGGGAAACUGGUUCAAAAGGGAGGGGCAGGGAGCAGGCUUGCCGGAGACUCCGGAGUGAGCAGGGGCCCAGGACCUUGGUCCCAAGGCCAUUCUCUGACCUCGGGCCCACUGCAGCAGGUCUGCCAGUGUCCCACGGUCCCCGGAGCUGGGCUGUGCCAAGUGCUCAGUAGCCACGUGCGCUUCCACCCGACUCCAGCCCCUUCUGGCCGAAGAGAACAGAUACUGGGGGAAAGCGGGGUAUGACUGCCCAAGGCUGCCGAGCCAGAGUGUUGAAGCACGUUCCCGUUGUCCCAGGGACAACACAGCCCGCCUCCCAGAGGAGUGUACGGCCGCCACCUCGCCCCUCACUGCGCGAGCCCCGGCGGGACUGGGCGUGUCUCGGCGCUGCCUCAGGCCUUGAUAGUGUGCUUGCUGUGGCCCUGCAAACUCCACUAAAAGCGUCCUGCCACCCUGUUGCUGUCGCAGCCCUGGGCGAAAUCUAAAUAGGCCCCAGCACCUCUCCCGAAGCUCCAGCACAACCCUGCCACCCGUCUGCCUCCCAGAGCUGCCAGAACUGGGCCUAAGGUGCAGCUGGCCUGGGAGAGACCUAGGAUCCACAUUUUACCCUGGUGGGCAACCUAGGGGAGCCCAGGGUGCUGGAGUAGGGCCACUGUCCCAGGAUAAGCAGCGUUCUUUUGCAGGUGUUUCCGGAACUCUGAACUCGGAGACUCAGGCUCAGAGCCUGACAGCCCUGCUAGGGGGAGCCCCAGGCUUUGCAGGGUGUUGUCUGCAGGUGUCCAGGCUCAGGUGCAGCCCUCAGCAAUGCACUGCCGGAAAUUGGCCUUGAGCCUGGGGUCGUGCCUGCUGGCAGGCACAAGCCUCUACGUCCUGUGGGUUUCUGUCGAAAGCUGGAUGGGAGUCUCUUAUGUCCCCUUCUACCUCCCCUGCCCACAGAUCUUCAACAUGAAGCUGCAGUACAAGGGAGAGAAGCCGUUCCAACCCGUGGCACAGUCUCAGUACCCUCAGCCCAAGCUGCUGGAGCCCAGGCCCACCAAGCUGCUGACACUAACCCCCUGGUUGGCGCCCAUUGUCUCCGAGGGAACUUUCAACCUGGAGCUUCUGCAGCACAUCUACCAGCCGUUGAACCUGACCAUUGGGGUCACAGUGUUUGCCGUGGGGAAGUACACUGGAUUCGUCCAGCACUUCCUGGAGUCGGCCGAGGAGUUCUUCAUGCGUGGGUUCCAGGUGCACUAUUACAUCUUCACCCACGACCCUGCAGCCAUCCCCAGGGUGACGCUGGGCCCCGGCCGGCUCCUCAGCGUCAUCCCCAUCCCGGGGCACUCCCACUGGGAGGAGAUCUCUAUGCGCCGCAUGGAGACCAUCAGCAAACACAUCGCCCAGAGAGCACACAGGGAGGUGGACUACCUCUUCUGCCUCGAUGUGGACAUGGUGUUCCGGAACCCAUGGGGCCCUGAGACCUUGGGGGACUUGGUGGCUGCCAUUCACCCAGGCUACUAUGCUAUACCCCGCCAGCAUUUCCCCUACGAGCGCAGGCAUGUUUCUGCCGCCUUUGUGGCAGACAGCGAAGGGGACUUCUAUUAUGGUGGGGCUGUCUUCGGGGGGCGGGUGGCCAAUGUAUAUGAGUUUACGAGUGGCUGCCACAUGGCCAUCCUGGCAGACAAGGCCAACGGCAUCAUGGCAGCCUGGCAGGAGGAGAGCCAUCUGAACCGCCGCUUCAUCUCACAUAAGCCAUCCAAGGUGCUAUCCCCCGAGUACCUCUGGGAUGAUAGGAAGCCCCAGCCACCCAACUUGAAGCUGAUCCGCUUUUCUACACUGGAUAAGGACUCCAUCAGCUGGCUGAGGACCUAACAUCAGAGCGAGGCCACUGGGGACGGGGACCCAUAGCCCUCUGGCCACUGCAGCAGAGUUUCAAUUCGCCAAGCCUUUCACAGAAACUGGCCAUCUCCUGCCGCCUCUCAGCCUGUCAGUUGGAUCUGACAAAAAGGAAGUGGAACGGCCACUGUAUACAGUAAAAAGCUGUGCACACAAGAGAACACAGAGAUCAAACAAUAACGGGGUACAAAACAGGAGGGGAGACUAGAGGUUACGGGGGCAGGCCCAGGCAGGUGAGCUCUGUAUUCUCGGCCCAUUGAAAGUGCCUGAAAUCCCACUGCUGAGCCCCUUUUGCAUGGCACCCUGAAGGUUGCACUUGUAAAGACUUCUUCUCUGGCUUCAAGCAUCCCAGGUACUGUGUUGGAUCCCUGACCAAGCCUUUGAAAUGGGCCACGCCUCAGCUCCCUCCUGUUCCCUGUACCCCAAGGUAGGCCACAUUCCCUGGGACUAGUCACCUCCCUUACAAGAGGGUUUGGGGCAGUUUUUAAUAAAGGUGAUCUCAUGUCAGGCCCUAA